GAAUACGGUGAGGUAACCAUGAUGCCAGCAAUCACAUUUGAGCCUGAGCUUGGAGGUCCGUGCAUCUAGACCGCACCCACAAGCCACUCCACUUUUGAGGGCCCUUUCGAGGCAGCAGCCGCCACUCGCUCAUUCCACGCUAACCAAAGCGCCUUACCUGACCUCACACCAAGAAAGAUCGAAGCAUCAUUCUCUUCUCCUCAUAACAUCAGGUAUCUUAUUAGGCAGGGAAGACUCAGCAGACGAUCCGGUCCGAGCGCACGCUAUCUCAGAUUGCCGCCAGUGCAUUUACGCAAACUUAGCAGCAGAAGGCACGUUGCUUGCCUUGCACUGGGACAAAUAACGAGUUCACUCAAGAUGUCGGCGGAUAAGAAUCAGAAACUCGUGCUCACCAGCAAUGAGGGCACGAACAUCGAAGUCGAUCGCGUGGUCGCGGAGCGGUCCAUGCUCAUCAAAAAUCUGAUCGAGGACCUAAUGGAUGAGGCUCUCAAUAAUCCCAUCCCCAUCCCCAACGUCAACGAUCCAGUGUUGCGCAAGGUGCUGGAGUGGUGCGAGCACCAUCGCAACGAUGCGGUCCAGACCGCUGACGACGACAACGAUAAUCGAAAAAAGACGACCGACAUCGAUGAAUGGGACUCCAAGUUCAUGCAAGUCGACCAGGAGAUGUUGUUCGAGAUCAUCUUGGCAGCAAACUAUCUCGACAUAAAGGCGCUGUUAGAUGUCGGCUGCAAGACCGUUGCGAACAUGAUUAAGGGCAAGUCCCCCGAAGAGAUCCGCAAGACGUUCAACAUCACAAACGACUUUACCCCUGAGGAAGAAGAGCAGAUCCGUCGGGAGAAUGAGUGGGCCGAGGACCGUUGAUCUCACACACCCUUGGGUUCUAAUACCAAACACCCACUCUUUUGGACCUGCGCUUAGUGGAACUCAGCUUUAGCCGCGCCUUCCAGGUCCUUUUCUUCUCCGGUGCUGGUCAAAACCAUGGGACAAUCCACGGCGUUUUGGUAGU